AAGCAUCACUGAAGACUUCUACACAGUUUUCAUCCAUCUAUGGUUUCCGCCGGGCUUAUACAAUCUCAGCUUCAGUCGAUUUGCCAAUGUGUGAAGUCCCUGCCCAGAGCCACAUGAAUCGACAGAGAGCCUCCGACGCUAUACGGAUUCAAAAAAUCACUCGCGUGCAGUUUUCGUUUACGCCCAAAUGCGUAAACUGAAUAUCCUUCCAGAUUCCUCUACAUUCCCGAGCGUUCUCAAGUCUGUUGCUCUGUUAUGGUGUGGAGAAGUUGGGAAAUCCAUCCACUGUAAUGCAAUUCAGUUGGGUUUCACUUCUAAUGUAUAUACAAACACUGCUCUAGUCUACAUGUAUGGCAUAUGUGGACAACCAGAUGAUGCUCAUCAACUGUUUGAUGAAAUUCCUGACCGGAAUGUAGUUACGUGGAAUUCGUUGAUCACGAGUUAUACGCAUAAUAGGAUGUUCAGAGAAGCAAUUGAUGUGUUCAGGGAGAUGCUAGCUUCUGGGGUUACACCAGUUGAGGUCACUAUGGUUGGAGUUUUAUCAGCUUGUUCUCAUUUAGGAGCUCUGGGUCAAGGGAAGUGGAUCCAUGAUUAUAUUGUCAAGAAUCGGUUGAGAGUGAAUGUAUAUGUCGGUACUGCGUUAAUUGAUAUGUAUGCUAAAUGUGGAGACAUUGAUGAGGCAAAAAAGGUUUUUGAAACUAUGGGGGUAAAAAAUAUUUAUACAUGGAAUGUAUUGAUUUCGGCAUAUGCCAUGAAUGGACAAGGGGAGUCUGCAUUGCAGACUUUUGAUAGGAUGAUUGUAGAAGACUUAAAGCCUGAUCAUGUUACUCUCCUCGGUGUUUUAUGUGCUUGCUGUCACCAAGGUUUUGUGGAGGAAGGUAGAAGGCUGUUCUCAAGCAUGAUUAAUCAGUUUGGAUUGCAGCCAAAGAUUGUGCAUUAUGGGUGUAUGAUUGAUCUACUUGGACGUGGUGGGUUCUUGGAUGAAGCUAUGGAAAUUAUUCAUUCUAUGAAACUAAAGCCAGAUGCAAUAAUAUGGAGGACACUACUUGGUGCAUGCAGAUUUCAUGGAAGAGAAGAACUUGGUGAAUUUGCUUUCCGGAAGCUUCUGGAACUGGAACCAACGAAUGGGGAAAACUACGUGUUAAUAUCAAAUGUUCAUACUCAAAAAAAGAAAUGGACUGAAGUUGGAGAAGUUAGGGAGCUGAUGGACAGCGGUGGUAUUAAAAAGAUUCCUGGAUGCAGUUCAAUUGAACUUGAAAAUGCAGUUUAUGAGUUUAAGGCAUCUGAUCCACUUAAAACAGGGAAUGAAGAAAUACAUAAGAUGUUGCAAGACAUGAAAAAUCAAUUGAAGUUAGCUGGUUAUGUGCCUGAAACAGAGAUAGCUCUGUAUGAUAUUAAUGAAGAGGAGAAGGAGCAUAAUCUGAUAUUCCACAGUGAAAAGCUUGCUCUUGCAUUUGGGCUGCUACACUCAUCUGAGCCUACAUUAAGGAUAAUGAAGAAUUUAAGGAUUUGUCAGGACUGCCACCAAUUCUUUAAGCUUGCUUCAGCAGUUUAUAAAAGAAAUAUUGUUGUUAGAGAUAUAAAGCGCUUCCAUCAUUUCACUGAAGGUCUUUGUUCAUGCAAAGAUUAUUGGUGAUACCUAGUAUAUAUAUAGGUGAUGUUAUGUUGUCUGACACAUUAAGGGCACUUACAGCACUGAGACCGGCAGAUUUUCACUGAGGAUGUCAUGUCUCAUUUGUACAAUUAAAACUAUCAGCUUUUGUUUUUGACCUUCAGGAAAAAGUGAUCUGAGAGGCCUCAGAAUCUGCCAUCGGACUUGGGUAGUUAUUUCUUAUUUUGAUGGAUGGAUUACUUGGAAUAUUUUAGCGUUCCCUGGUAUACCAGACAUAACCUAGCACGACAUGGAUAAAAUCCAGAUAAAGUUUAUGGUUUUUUAUACUGCCGUGCAAAACCUUUUGAGGCGAUUGUGAACUUCUAUUCUGUUUGGGUAGUCAUGCUGCCAAUAUCUUUACAGUUUCUGGAGUUGGCUUGUUACUAGAAACCUAUCUUGUGAAAGUUUUAAGUCCGUGAUAUUUGAGAAAUAUUCUAGGUUCAACGGAGCUUUUUUCAUUUUAGCUGUAUGACUCUGCCAAAGGCCCUAAAGAUUUCAGGAACUGCAGAAUGUGUGCUUUGAAGGCUCUCAAGUGUUAGAGCCCACUUUUCUUGGCAAAUCUGAUGUGCUGACAGUUUGUGUUAUCCAUGAUCUUAGAUAGUUAUGGCAUAUCUCAGUUAGACGACUAAUUUUCAAGUUUGUAGUACUGUUUCUUGAGCAUAUUAGCUGUUAUGUCAGGUGAGAAACAUUUUGGCAUGUCUCACAUGUGGAUUGUGCACUCUCAGAACAAUGCUAUCAGUAAGUUCACCUUCUAGACAACAAUGAUUUUGAUGUAGAGUAUCUAAAUCUCUGCUGGAAAAUGUGUACUCCAAAGGUACAUCGCGUUAUACCCUAGUUUUUAUUUUCACAUAUUUAUUGCUUCUUUUCAUAAAAUCUUCAGCUAGAAUUCUUGUAUGACUGUUGAGGCAGAAUAUGUUAUUGCCAUCACAAAUACAUUGCUUCUUGACCUCUU